AUGACCACUACCCCUGGCUUAGGGGAAUGGAAACCCUUUGGGAAUGGACUCGGUCGAGCUAGGCAAACUCGACCGAUUGGUCAAGGAGAUGCUCCAAACCGCCACCAACAGAGACAAGGGAUUGUUCCACCACCAGUGCAGAACCACAACUUUGAGAUCAAGCUGGGAAUGAUCAACCUUGUCCAGAACAAGAUGUUCCAUGGAUUGCCAAGUGAAGACCCCAUUGACCACCUUGAUGAGUUUGAUAGGCUUUGUGAUUUGACAAAGAUCAAUGGUGUCUCUGAAGAUGCCAUCAAGCUGAGACUCUUUCCUAUGUCUCUAGCUGACAAAGCUCACCAAUGGGAGAAGAGCUUGCCCCAUGGCACAAUCACCACUUGGGAUGAAUGCAAGAAGGCCUUUCUUGCUAAGUUUUUCUCCACCGGUCGCACAGCCAAGCUUAGAGGAGAGAUAUCCAGCUUCAUCCAGCGAAACAAUGAGACAUUCGCAGAGGCUUGGGAGAGGUUCAAAGGCUACACAAGUCAGUGCCCACACCAUGGAUUCAACAAUGAAUCACUACUCUCCACUCUUUAUAGAGGAUGCUUGCCUAGGUAUAGGGAGAUGCUAGACACAGCUAGCAAUGGGAACUUCCUCAACCAGAUGUAG